AUGCGUCCCACCACUGCCCUUAGAAUGUUCCGCCCUACGGCUCGCAUGAUGCGACCGGUUCCCAAGGAGGACCAGGCCGGCCACACCAUCUCCCAACGGUUGCGCAAGCUCAAGCAGAUUCCCCUCGCUGCUGUCGUCGGCUUUGCCAUCUUCGCUGCCGGGUACUCGAGCGUCCGAAAAUUCAUGGUUGACAAGAACCUUCGACUGGCCCGGCAGGGACCUGGUGGCCGUGCUGACCACCACUAA